AUGAAUAAUAAAGAGUAUAACAAUAAGAAUAAUAAAAGGUAUUGUGAUAAGAAUAAUGAAGAGUAUUAUAAUAAAAAUAACGAAGAGUAUUGUGAUAAGAAUAAUGAAGGGUAUGAAGGGUAUUACAAUAAGAAUAACAAAGGAUAUUAUAAUAAUAUAGAGUUAGAAUAUGUAGAUGCUGACUUGGAGUUGGUGGAAUCAGUGAGUAUAAAUGCUGAUUUGAAGAUAGAAGAAUCAAAACAUUUAGAGGUGGAAUCUAAUGGUUAUGUAGUUAGUACAGAUGAUUUGAAUAUUAGUGAGAUUUCAUACAAUCUUGCUGCUUUUAUUACUGAAGAACUUCAACUCUUUUCAAUUCUAAAAUUACAAACUUUAAUAAAAAUAAUAGAAGAUCUGGACCCUCAAGCUAGUGUUUUAAACAAGGAUCAGUUGAAAGAAAUUUUGAUCAAUACUGAGGAUAGAGUUUU